AUCUCCGUAGUCAAUUCCCAGCAAAUUUCUCCUCCCGCUUUCAGCUUUGAGCGUUGAGAAGCUUUGAGCAUCCAUCACUGAGUAAGGAAAAGCCGCUAAGCAGUUGCAAUCUAGCUAAUUAAGAAAAGCUGUUUCAUCCAAUGGAGGUCUUAUCUCUUGUUGGAGGUUCUCUUUUGUCUGUUACAUUUGACUUGCUACUCCAAAAGUUGAAUGAAUAUCUAAGUGAUCAACUACGGAAUUCAAAGGACGAAGUAUGUGCUCAAAUGGAGUGUUGGAAGACUCUUUUGCCCAAAAUCACUACUGUUCUUCAACAUGCAGAAGAAAAUCAAGUUGCGAACCAGUUUGUGAAGUCAUGUCUUGAUGAUCUCAGGAACUUGGCUUAUGAUAUGGAGGACAUACUUGAAGAGUUUGUGAUUGAUGCCAAGAGGUUCGAAUUGAUUGCAAAAUCUGAAGCUAGCAUCAGCAAGGGGCAAAAAGUCAAAUCCAGUCUUAAGAAUUUAUUUAGAUCUCAAGCCAAGCCCAGUGGAGAGAUCAAUUGCAGAUUGAAGGAUAUAACUAGUAGAUUGCAGCAAAUUGAGAAGGACAUGCAUACUUUGGGCCCGAUCAAUUUGGCUAUGGAAGGUAAAAAAAAGUCUUACAUAAUUGCAGAAAGACUACCUGAGUCUUCUCUUCUUGAAGAUAAGGUGAUGGGUCGAGAUAGUGAUAGAGAUGCUAUUCUUCAGAGGUUGCUAAAAGAUGGAGGUAGUUUUGAACAAGACUUUGUUAUUCCCAUUGUUGGAAUGGGUGGACUAGGCAAGACAACUGUUGCUCGGCUCAUUUACAAUGAUGAAAAAUUGCAAGGCUGGUUUGAUUUGAAGGCAUGGGUUUGUGUUUCUGAUGUAUUUGAUGUUCCAAAAAUAACAAAAACCAUUUUAGAACAUGUAACUGGGGAAAGGUGUGACUUUGAUUUUGGUUUGCUUCAAGAGAAAUUGAAAGAAAAGUUAUCUGGGCGCAAGUUUUUUCUUGUAUUGGAUGACAUUUGGAAUAAGGAAUAUGACCAAUGGGAUGUAAUGAAGAGACCUUUCAUGUCAGGAGCUAUUGGAAGUAAAAUAAUUGUCACAACUCGAAAUAAGGAUGUUGGGAUGAUGAUGAGAGGAGAUGAUGGAGUUUACAAUUUAGGAUUGCUACAAGAUGAUGCUUGUUUGCCAUUAUUUACACGACAUGCUCUAGGAAAAGAGAACUUUGAUGCACACCUAGACCUACAAGAUAUUGGUGAGAAGCUUGUUAAGAGGUGCCAAAGAUUGCCAUUAGCACUAAAAACACUGGGUGGCAUUUUGCGGGGAAAGCUACAUCCUGAUGAGUGGGAAAAUAUAUUAAACAAUGAGAUAUGGAGUUCAUCAGAAGAUAAAAGUGGAAUUCUUCCAGCUUUGAGAUUGAGCUACAAUCAUCUUCCUUCUCACUUGAAGCAAUGCUUUGCUUAUUUUGCUUUGUUCCCUAAGGACUAUGAAUUUGACAAAAAAGAAUUGGUCCUAUUAUGGAUGGCUGGGGGCUUGUUACAGCAACAGUCACAUGGAAAGAAGCAAAUGGAAGAAGAGAUUGGUAAUCAAUAUUUCCAAGAAUUAUUUUCAAGAUCACUCUUUCAACAAUCAACUGGAAAUAGAUCACGUUUUGUGAUGCAUGACCUCAUAAAUGAAUUAGCUGUAAAUGUUGCUGGAGAAAUCUAUUGCAAUCUUGAACGUGAUGAAAAAUUAGAGAAGGCUCGUCAUUUGUCAUUCACUCCAUGCUUUUAUGAAAUCUCAGAGAGAUUCAUAGUCUUGGAUAAAUUGAAGCAUUUGAGAACAUUUUUGCCUCUAAAAGAACUCAUGCUAUCUCUAUGCAAAUAUCAGAUAAGAAAGCUACCUGAUUCUUUGGAAAAUUUGAAACAUAUUCGGUACAUUGACUUGUCUGGUACUCAAAUCGAAUUUAUACCUGAAUCAGUGGGUUAUCUUCUCUUGUUGCAAACACUGCUAUUAUGUGGUUGUGGUGAGCUUCGUAAGUUGCCUACCACGAUUGGGAAUCUAAUUGAUCUUUCUUAUCUUGAUAUCACUGAUACGCCAUCUUUAGAAGAGAUGCCAUCAGGAAUUGGCAAUCUUAAAAAUCUUUUAACAUUGCCCAAAUUUAUUGUAGGGAAGGCAAAUGGAUUGAUGAGAUUAUCUAGUUUGAAGAACUUGUCGCAACUUCGAGGAAGAUUGUCUAUUCUAGAUUUGCAGAAUGUUUUGGAUGUUCAAGAUGCUAAGGAGGCCAACAUAGACAAGAUCCAUGGUUUGGAAGAGUUAGCCUUGGAGUGGACUGCUCCUGGUAAUGAUCAAGAUCAAUUAGUCCUCAACUGGUUAAAACCUCAUUCAAAUUUGAAAAGUCUCAAAAUUUCUUGCUAUGGUGGCAAUAGUUUCCCAGAUUGGGUGUGUGAUCCAUCAUUAUUUUCCAAUUUAUCAUCCAUGGAGCUCAACAAUUGUAACAGAUGCACCUCGUUACCAUCACUAGGCCUACUACCUAUUCUUAGAAAAUUGAUUAUUGAAGGCAUGGAGGGAAUAGAAGCUAUAGGUCCUAAGUUUUAUGGGCAGCAUGGCUCUUUUCCAUCACUAGUUGAACUGGUGUUUAAAAACAUGAUAAAUUGGAUGGAAUGGACUUCUCCAACUGGAAGUGCAGGUGAAUUCCCCUGUCUUCAUAAACUUGUGAUUGAAAACUGUCCUCAGUUGUUAGGACAAUUACCUAUCAAUCUUUCUUCACUUAAAGAGUUAGAUGUUAGAAGCUGCAAUGCAAUGCUUUUGAAGGGUAUAUAUGAUCUCACCUCGCUUGUUAAUUUGAGAGUUGAGAAAAUUUCAAAACUGACUUGCUUGCCUGAGAGUUUCACACAGUCCUUGACAGCACUAGAGAGUUUCUAUAUUGAAGGCUGUGAUGAUCUUACUUGUUUGUGGGAGGAAGGAACAGAUAUAGAACAAAGCACUUUGCCUUUCAAUCUUAAACAGCUUAGGCUUGUGGAAUGUGAAGCUUUGGAGUCAUUACCCAAUGCAAUGAUGGUGCAGAUGGAUGGAAGCAGUAGUAGCAACACUAGUAUGUUGAUGUUGAGACUUGAAAAGCUAGAAAUUUCUAGUUGUCUUUCUCUCACGUCUUUUCCAAGAGGCAAGUUACCCAUCACGCUUAAAUACUUGAAAAUAGAAGACUGUGAGGGUCUUGAGUCUCUACCAGAUGCAGAUGGUGACGACAAUAGCAAUCUAUAUUUGGAAAUAAAGAAUCUUCUAUGUCUUUACUCUUCUCAGGGUCGUUGUUAUCAACUACCAGCUUUUCUCAAGAAAUUUGAAGUUGAUGGUUGCGAGUUUUUGGAAUCACUUCCAGAGAGGAUGUUGCAGCAUUGUACGGGACUCCAAUCUAUUGCUAUUUACGACUCUUUAGAGUCCCUCCCAAGUACAAUGUACCAGCUGAAAUCUCUUCGAAGGCUAUGGAUGGUUUCGUGCCUCAGCAUCGAGUUCCUUCCAGAUCGGGGUUUGCCCCCAAACUUAAGAGAUCUUGAAUUAGAGAACUGUAAGAAUCUCAAGUGUGUGCCACAUACAAUGUACGAGCUCAGAUCACUUCAGUUUCUAAGGAUCCCUGGUGGGGCUUUGAUGAUGGGCCUCCAAAACCUUACGUCUCUUCGAUGGUUGUCAAUUGAGCAGAAAUUCCAUCUGGAUAUUAUGCUACCUUCUUCUUUAACCUCUCUUGGGAUCUGGAAUGAAGAAAAUUUGAAAUCCAUACCUGGGGGGCUCUUCCAAAACUUAAGCUCCCUUCAAUUCUUAUGGAUAGUUAACUGCCCGAAUCUCCGAUCUUUGCCAAGGGAAGCCUUCCCUCCGCUUCAACAACUAUACAUCAGCGGGUGUCCACUUCUAAAACGAAAACGCUUUGAGGCAAAAGGAGACUACUGGACUCUCACUCAGAGCAUCGUUCGCAUUGAGAUAGAUGGGGAAGAGGUUGACUACAAGAGCUAGCUAACAACUAAUUGUUGAGGUACAUAAAGCCAAGCCACUCCUCAAUGUUACUGUCAACUACAGGAUUAGUUAGAAGCUGAUUGAUCCAAGAUUCCAAGUUCAAGCCUCCCUUUUUAGGCAAGAUCUUUUUUCAACAAGUAGGCGCUGAACACUUUGACGUUAACACUGCCUUUCAUGUGGGAGGUGAUGCUUCCAGUUUGAUGAGUCAGAAAUGAAUGAUUCAACAAUGUGCAUCUGUUCUCUCUUUAUUCAUCUUAAGUUGCAGCCAAGAUUGCAGCACAAACACUGCUGCUUUAGCUUUACUUAACAAUGGGCUGACUUGCAAUGUAGCUUCAAGAUCUAACUUGAUGAGAAACGGUGGUGUUCAAAAGAUCGUCAUAGUAGCAGGCUUGCAGCUACAAACUUCUACCCUCCAAAGAAUGGCCUUUCUGGACAUGGUCUUCUAGCUUUUCUUGUCAUUUCCCUUGAUCAAGGACAAUUUGAGGAUAUAGACAAAGGUGGAUGGACUAAUGCUUCGAGGCAGCAUUAUGCAUAAAUCAUUUCAAGGAUUCUUCUGAUGUAUGUGUCCAUUGAUUUGGUGUUGAGAAAACUCUUCAUGAAUGCAUACAUGAACUGCAGGGGGCUUGGACUUUGAGUGUGUCAAGUCAGUGGAACUUUAAAUAACAGCUAGUGUCCUGUUUUGAUCAACAUUGCAAAAGUACUUGAGAGACCGUGAGAAUGAGCUGCAACAGCACACUUGGUGAGAUUUAUCCCAAUUUGAUUGGAGAUUUUGACUUCAAGUUUUAUUUUAAUGAUGAUUAUGACAUUGGUCAUCCAAAAAUUUAUUUUUGAUGACUUAUUGUUGCGUGCAACCCCUAGUGUUUCCUAGAAUAGAAGAAAACUUGUAAUAAUGUCAACUUUGUGGUGGAUGUUUUUUUGCUGGACUAGUUCCCAUGGUUUUUAACCCUGGGUUUCCCAUGUUAAAAAAUCUGGUAUCUUAAUUGUGUGGACAAGUUAAUAUUUUUUUGUCUUGCUUAAUUGUGCACAGAGAAGAGAAAACUUGUUGAAUGUGCUACUUGGAUUUGAACAAAGAUAAACCCUUUACCUUUUUCAUUCUAGUUUUCUUUAAAGUCAACUACAGUAUUAGUUAAAGGUGAUUGGUCAAGAUUCCAAGUCCAAGCCUCCAAGGUAGUGAAAAUGCUAAAGGAAUUCCAACAAUGGCAUUGAUCCAAAAUAUUUGGUGCAGUAUGAUGUAUGGGAGUUCUAGUGAUCCUUCUCAUAUGAAUAUAAAUCGUAGAGUUUUCUUGUAAGAUAUCUUCACAAUUUAGUCUCAAAAUGCUGGACUUUAAAAUAAAUUUCAUUCAACUUU